AUGGACUCCCAGACUGCUGAGCUGGAACUUGAAGAGUUGUUCACAUACACCGACGAGUGGGGCCGUGAGCGCAAGAUUACCUGCAGUGCUCCUCAGGGGCUUGAUGACAUCGCGACGCAGCCAGGCAUCUUCACACAAGAUGUGGCAGCUGGCCCACCACGAGAGUCUGGGAUCAUGCAUGGCUGGUCUUCAGGCAGCUUGACCACCGAGGCUGGCUCCCCGAUGGUUGCUGUGAGCCCUCCGGUGCCACCAGCGCUUAGCCUGCAGCCGGGUCAGUUGCAGCCGACCCCCGUGCGAAGUAACGCACCGCUUCCGCAGCUAACCACCCAGCCUUCACCAACCGGACAGCACCUGCAAGCCCCAGCAACUGCUCAGCUGCUGCAGCCUUCGCCAACCGGACAGCACCUGCAAGCCACGACAACUGGUCAGCCGCUUCAGCCUUCGCCAACUGGGCAGCACUUGCCAACUGGACAGCACCCGCAAGCCCGAGCAACUGCUCAGCCGCUUCAGCCUUCGCCAACCGGACAGCACCACCUGACAGCCACAACAGCUGGCCAGCCACUGCAGCCUUCGACAACCGGGCCAGGACAGCACCCGCAAGCCCCAGCACAGCCGCUUCAGCCUUCGCCGACCGGACAGCACUUGCCAACUGGACAGCACCCGCAAGCCCCAGCAGCUGGUCAGCCACUUCAGCCUCCGCCUGCCGGACAGCACUUGCCAACCGGACAGCACCCGCAAGCCCCAGCAGCUGGUCAGCCACUUCAGCCUUCGCCUGCCGGACAGCAGCACCUGCAAGCCCCAGCAGCUGGUCAGCCGCUUCAGCCUUCACCCGCCGGACAGCACUUGCCAACCGGACAGCACCCGCAAGCCCCAGCAGCUGGUCAGCCACUUCAGCUUUCGCCUGCCGGACAGCAGCUCCUGCAAGCCCCAGCAGCUGGUCAGCCGCUUCAGCCUUCACCCGCCGGACAGCACUUGCCAACCGGACAGCACCCGCAAGCCCCAGCAGCUGGUCAGCCACUUCAGCCUCCGCCUGCCGGACAGCACCCGCAAGCCCCAGCAGCUGGUCAGCCACUUCAGCCUCCGCCUGCCGGACAGCAGUUGCCAACCGGACAGCACCCGCAAGCCCAAGCACUUCUGCCGCAGCCGCACACCGUGCCCAACCAGCUGCCGACCCAAGUGCCACUUCUGCCGCAGCCUGCUCAGAUCCCCCGUGAAUCUGAGCAAUCUGGGCUGCAGCCGAGGCAGCUCCAAUCGGAGUUCGACGAGGUGUUGUUUGAGAAGGAGCUGGAACAGCAGAUGGUGCUCGACAACCUUGCUGAGCAGUUUGCAAACCACAAGCGCAAGUUUACAGCUGACCUCGAGGAAAUGGCGCGGCAGAGCCAGGCCGCUCGCCUUCAGCACAACGAAUUCCUCAGAGGACUGGAUGAGGAAUACAAUGAGCGGUGCAGGAGGCACAAGUUGGAGCUCAUCCGUCUGCAGGAUGAGGAAAGGGAGGCAAACGAAAGGGCAAAGGUGGCCAAGACUCGUGCAAGCGACACUGCGGCAGAGACUGCCAGAGGUCUUUUGCAGCAGAAGCUGCAAGCUAAGACGGAGCCGUCUACCCCAAGGGUCAGCCUGGCACAGACUGGCCAGCCUGUGCAGCACCAGCAAACCCUUGGUCAGCCGCUUCAGCCUCUACCUGCCGGACAGCACUUGCCAACCGGACAGCACCAGCAAGCUCCGACAACUGGUCUGCCGCUUCAGCCUUCACCUGCCGGACAGCACCCGCAAGCCCCAGCAACUCAGCCGCUUCAGGUUUCGCCUACCGGACAGCACUUGCCAACUGGACAGCACCCGCAAGCCACCGCAGCCAGCGCCGGCCAGCCUCUGCAGCCUUCAACAACCGGGCAGCACUUGCCAGGACAGCACCCGCCAGCCCCAGCAACUGGUCAGUCGCUGCAGCCUUCGCUUGUUGGACAGCACUUGCCAACUGGACAGCACCUGCAAGCUCAGCCGCUUCAGCCAGCCACAACAGCUGGCCAGCUGCUGCAGCCUUCGCCUGCCGAGCUCCAGCCUACGCCAAGCACCCGCUUCUUCACUCAAGCCAUGGGGAACGGCCACCAGCUACAGCCUGCGCCUACCGGACAGCACUUGCCAACCGGACAGCACCACCUGCAAGCCCCAGCAACUGGCCAGCCGCUGCAGCCUUCGCCGACCGGACAGCACUUGCCAACCGGACAGCACCACCCGCAAGCCACAACAGCUGGCCACCCGCUGCAGCCUUUGUCGACCGGACAGCACUUGCCGACCGUACAGCACCACGUGCAAGCCACAACAGCUGGCCAGCCGCUUCAGCUGUCGCCAACCGGCGAGCAAAUGGUGCAGGCAAGCCCCACUUCGUUGCCAGCGAGUGCCAUGUCAGAGUCGCCUGGCUCCGAGGCUACGGUAUCCUCACACGGGGGCCUCGGAAAGGUGUCGAGCUCCACACACCCAGCAGCUUGGCAGUUCCUGUACCGGCUCACGAACACCGUCGACAAGUUCGGCAACAAGAAGUGCAGUGAGGAGAUGUGGGAAGCCUGGAGGGAGCCCUCCAAGCGAGACAAGCUCCUUCACGACUUCGUGCACCGUUGCUGGAAGCCGCAGGAGACCCACCAGGAGAACAAGGCAGGUUCCGGAUUUAAGAGGAAGCUCUUCAAAAAAUGCCUCUAUUCCCCCGAUCUCAAAUUUCUUGUGCAGACGAGCGACAAGGUGGAAACCGGCACAUCACGCACGAAGAGCCUCGAGCAAGAACUUGCAGAUUCCGGGCUGUGGGAUACAGAGUGGUCCGUAGGCGAUGUGUUAGGCCUCGAUGACGCCACAGAGGGUGCUGGCGAGGGGAACAACAAGCCUACGAAGCUGGUGGAAUUCCCUGAACCGGAGGGAAGCGAGACAUUGCAAGAGUAUCUGGGGCAAUACAAAAAAGCAGCUCUCAACAAAAAGGCUGUGCUGAAGUCUACGAAAGAGCGCUUGGUGAAAGACAACGCUGUGGGGCACCAGCGCCUUGGACAACACUGGCGCGCUGCCGGCGUGCCAGAAGAGGUGCUCCUCAGGCUGGGGGCGUGGCGCCCGGCCCCGGAGAGCUCACGUCGAGCCCCGGCGCCCGGAGAGCAGGUUGGCCCUCCCGCCAGGCGAGCAGGGCGAGCCACUAGAGGCGCCUGGUGGAGCGGAGCCGUGCCAGGCGCAGCCGGUCGGUGCUGGUCGGCGAGCCUGCAAGAGGACGGACAGGCGGCCUUGCCAGAGCUCCAGGCGGAGUCGUUGGCGGACGUUGACGGCGCUAUCAUGGCGCGCUCCUCUGAGGGACCCUUCCGGUCCAGGGUCCGGACCUGGGUGGACUUCACGGCGGCCUGGGCCCUGCCGGCGUGGCCGAUCUCCCUGGACUCAGUCAGGAAGGUCGCGGCGAGCAUGCGGAAGGGUUGGUGCCGCUCGGCGCAAAACUACUUCGACGCGGCGGUGACCUACCAGGAACACUUCCGCGGCGAGCUGGUGGACCCGCUCGUCCGGCGGGCCAUCCGGCGUUACGCCAAGGCGGUGGUACGUGGCCUUGCGGGGUCCAAGCUCAAGGCGAUCUUCCCGGCGAUGCGGCUGGAGCCUCUGCUGGACCCCUCGCCGGCGUCCGCUGCGCUGCACAAGACGGCGCAGGGUGGUGAGAGAGAACUCACGCGCGGCAGCUCCGCUGCGCUUGCGGCAUCCAGUCCCGGCCGAUGCGGGCCCUUGUUCCCGGACGCGGUGCUGCUCUUCCGGCGGGUGCUGCUGGCAGCCGGCGUGGCCCUCACCACGGUCGACCACGAGGGCCAGAUCGUGCAGCUGUUCGCCGGCCACGCGGCGCGGGUAGCCGGCGCGGCCUGGCUCGCGUCCAAGGGGGUACCGACAGCGAUCAUCCAGUUGCUGGGUCGUUGGUCCUCCACGGCGGUGGAGCGCUAUGUUCAGGCGGCCCCGCUGGCGGUGGCCCCGGAGAUCCCCGGCAGAGUCCUGGCUGGGAGCUACGGCGGCACGUCGGCCACCGAUGAGGCUCGGCGAGCCACGGCUGGGGGCGGGGUCAAGGUGCGGCGCGUGGCCGUAUGGCAUCCGGCGCUUUUUAGAGUGUCCGAGAAGCCGGCGUCCGCCGCUUGGUGCGCCCGCUGUUUCCCGGCGCCGGCUCCGGGGGAAGGUGAAGGUUCACCGACCGAGCCGGUGGACUCACCGGCGGUGCAUAGUGAGCGGCUGUGGCUGUCUCCCCUCGUCGGUGCUGCGGCUGUCAUGGCGGCUCCGGGCUUUCCCCCAGCUCCUGCGGCCCCUGCGGCGCCCUCGGCUGCGCCCGCACUGGCGGCGACCAUCAUGACGCCGUUCGUGGAUCUGGCGGCGGCGGCGGGGGCUGGCCCUCAACUCACGGCGGCCCGCAACCUGAACCGCACGGCGACGCUGGCCCUCAUCGCACACUCCUGGCCAGAGUUUGAGGACCGCGUCGUCCGGCCUUUCCUGGACGGGGUGGAGAUCGCCGGCACCGUGCACCAGGCGCCGGAGGCGGAGCAGGCGGUCGUCGAGGCUAUCCUGCACCACAUGUGGGCCGAGGCGCACAAGCAGUGGGCCACCCACAUCGCGGUCCCGGCACCGGCCGGUGACCACGCCGGCCUCGUCGGCGGCUGCCCCUGGAGCGGUGGUGCCGGCCCUUCCCGGCGACAAGCCGCCGAAGACGUUCCCGGAGUGGGGGCCGCUGGUCAAGCGGUACAACGAGGUGACGGUCGCCGCCGGCGCCACAAGGAGAGGGGCCAGGCGAUCCGGUUGGUGGACGGCGCACUGGUCCAUGACCGGGAGGACCCUUGGACCCCGAGGGGGGUCCUCGGCGUCAUCGACGGCAUCGAGGCGGUGUGCUGGGCGUGGACCGGCGUGGCCACGGAGAAAGGGGCGGCGGAGUACGCCCAGUGGUGGACGUCGAAGGCCCGGCCAUCCCAGCUCGAGGCGAUCACGGAGUACUGGGACGCGUCCUCCCGGCGCCUGGCAAUGCAGAUGCGCCUUCGCCGGAUGUUCGAGGAGGUCACGGCGGAGAUCAUGAAGGACCAGGCGGCGUUCCUGGACAUCCUCUCCCGCCCGCGGCCUCCGAGGGCCCCGCGGCGCCGCGGCGCACCAGAGGUCAAGAAGAACCGGCGGACUGGCAUGAUGAUCGGCGGUGGGCUAAUGCCGACCGGGCCCAGUCGUGGCAGGACCGCGGCGGUGGUGUUGAAGCCGGCCAGGCCGGCGCGCAGAAACGGCAAGUACAUCCUGCUCUCCCUCUUUGACGGCGUCGGGGCGGCGCCGGUCGAGGACCUCUUCGGUACACCGUGGGCGGGCAUGGCGUGGGAGACAGACAAGACUUGCCGGCGCUUGACAUCCAUCCGGCUGCCCUGGCUCCGGCAGAGGGGCGACUUCACUUGCGGACUCGGCUGGGCGGCGCUUCGUGGCUGGCGGGUCGGCUUCAUGUUUGAGAAUGUGGUCAUGCAGCCGGCGUCAGCCAAGGAGGUGUCCGACUGCCUCGGCGUGGAACCGGCGGCGCUGGAGACAAAUGCCCUUCAGCCACAUGCGGCGCAGAAGCUGGUGGAGAACAUCAUUAUCCCCAUGCCUUCAGCUUUGACGAACCCCAGACUGUCUUCCUUGACCUAUGCUCCGGCUUUUCAGUUCACUGCAGGUAGAUAUGAGGGCCAGGUCGUGGCAGAUCGGGCCUACAACAUGCGAGGCUACAUCCGCGGCUCCGGGGGCGGGCCCCGGGCGUUUGAAUCAGUCGAGUGGGAUCCGAAAAAGCCCAACGUUCUUGCUGUCACCAUCAAACGUGACGGCCUCUCGGUCAAAACUGAGACCCGGGUCAAGAAGCGGUCCGUGGGAAUUCCGGAAGGACGCGAUGACCUCUUCAAUAGCAGUGAAGUCUACGUUCAGGAAGUCAGCGAUGCGGGUGACAGCGGUCGGGACAAAGUGACGCCCAUCCGGUGUGUAAACAAGUUCAAGAAGACCAACGACUCAGAAAUAUUGGUCUUACAGCGCUUGGAGAUUUUUCCUCGCCUGGACGGUGAGUCUGUUACGGACUUGGACAAGCCGUCGGUCAUCUACAAGUACAGAGGUGUUCUGACUCGGCAGCCGGAUUCUACGCUGUCACCGAACAUCAAAGCGCUGUAG